CAUUAUUAAAGGUAUAUACACCUACAUUUAAACAGCGGUAUUGGUUAAACGUGGCCCCCGAUCUAAAAUGUCUUUGACACCCCUGCUUUCUAUAAAAAAAAACAUGUUCCGUGUGUUUCCAAUAUUAUCAAAGUAAGAGUUGACCAAAAAAAAAACUUUAAUUUUUUUUUUACUUUGUUUUAAGUUACGAGUAGAAAAUGGACGAGGUGGAUAAUCCUCUGUCACAACGUAAAUCGCUCAUCUGAAAAUAUACACGACACAUUCCACGCUCGCCUCGCAGCUGCCGCGUCCGUUCUCAUGAUGCGUUCGCGUGUCAUCGCCGCGCUCAUGAUACGAUCGCUAUCGCAUCUGCUCGGUCCGUGAACGCAACUGGAUGUGAUUAUUUGCGGUAUAUAUCGUACCAAAAAAAAAAAAAAAAAAAAAAACACACACCACGAAGCGCGCCUUUACUGCAAAGAGGAGCCGAGCGAAGAGGGGGGAGUGGUGCGGGAGGCGAAGUUUUGUCCCUCAAAGUUUAUGUGAGCUUUCUAGGCGGGGUCUGGCGUACUGUACGCUCGCAGCAUGGAGUGAGAGAAGCAGGACGGCGAGUGAGUGCCAUGCAGCAGCACGCCGAGCUUCCACGCAACUUAACUAAGCUCGUCGGCGCGUCCUCCGUGUGAAAAGUCACCAUGUACUCCCCGUACUGCUUGACACAGGAUGAAUUUCAUCCCUUCAUCGAGGCCCUCCUCCCCCAUGUCCGUGCCUUCUCCUACACCUGGUUCAACCUGCAGGCCCGUAAGCGCAAGUACUUCAAGAAGCACGAGAAGAGGAUGACCAAGGACGAGGAGCGCGCGGUGAAGGACGAGCUGCUGGGCGAGAAGCCCGAGAUCAAGCAGAAGUGGGCCUCGCGCCUCCUGGCCAAGCUCCGCAAGGACAUCCGGCCCGAGUUUCGCGAGGACUUUGUGCUCACCAUCACGGGGAAGAAGCCGCCGUGCUGCGUGCUGUCCAACCCCGACCAGAAAGGCAAGAUCCGCCGCAUCGACUGCCUCCGCCAGGCCGACAAGGUGUGGCGGCUGGACCUGGUGAUGGUCAUCCUCUUCAAGGGCAGCCCGUUGGAGAGCACGGACGGGGAGCGGCUGGUCAAGUCGCCCCAGUGCUCCAACCACGGCCUGUGCGUCCAGCCGCACCACAUCGGAGUGACGGUCAAGGAGCUGGACCUCUACCUGGCCUACUUUGUCCACACACCAGAACAAUCGGGACAAUCAGACAACUCUAACCAGCAAGGAGAGACGGACGUCAAGCCCCCGCCGAACGGCCACUUGAGUUUCCAGGACUGCUUUGUGACUUCAGGGGUGUGGAACGUAGCCGAGCUGGUCCGCGUGUCGCAGACCCCAGUCGCUACGGCAACUGGCCCAAACUUCUCCCUGGCUGACCUGGACAGUCCUGGGUACUACAACAUCAACCAGGUGACCCUGGGACGGCGCUCCAUCACCUCCACACCCUCCACCAGGACUGAAAUGGAGCUUUAUGCAAGUCUCCCACGGAGCUCCAACAAGCGCAAGUCCAUCGACGACAGCGAGAUGGAGAGUCCCGUGGACGAUGUCUUCUACUCGGGCCGCUCGCCAGCGGCCGGCAGCAGCUCACAGUCCAGUGGCUGGCCCAAUGAUGUGGACGCAGUGCAGCACCAUUUGGCCAGUGUGCAGGAGAGGAAGAUUAAGCAUGAGAGCGAUGGAGUGCAGUUUCCUUACCAUGGACUGUCAUCGCCUGGUUCUCUUAAGAAGCCGGGGAAAUUCGAUUUCAGCGCCCUGUCCUCCCAGACGAGGUCCCCCCGCAUGGCGUUCACCCACCACCCACUGCCAAUGCUGGCGGGAGUGAGACCAGGGAGUCCCCGUGCUUCCGCCUCGGCCCUGCACUUCCCGUCGCCCUCCAUCAUCCAGCAGUCGAGCCCUUACUUCACCCACCCGACCAUCCGCUACCACCACCACCCUGGACAGGACCCCCUGAAGGAGUUUGUGCAGUUUGUCUGUGCUGAUGGCCCGGGGCAGGCCGCCGGACAGCCAAACGGGAGCGGCCAGAGCAAAAUGCCAGGCUCCUUCUUGCUGCCUCCACCUCCCCCAGUGGCCCGCCCAGUGCCCCUCCCUAUGCCCGACUCUAAACCCAACAGCACGCCCCCUGACGGCGGACUCUCCUCGCCCGCAUCUCCGUCAUACUCCACGCCAGGCGCCACAGCUCCCAACAGGUUUGUCGGCAUCGGAUCACGGGACAACAACUUUCUGAACAUCCCGCAGCAGACACAGUCUUGGUUCCUCUGACAAGAUCUGUGUGCAAACCAGCAACAGGAAUUCUUUCUUUACAAUCAGAAAUAGAUGAUAAUUGUCCUCCAAUCACAACACAGUACAGCGACGGGCCAUCACAGCGUAUCUCACCUACCCUUUAGCCAAAACCCGGCGAAUCAGCGCAGGAAAAUUCAGCAGCACUCAGAGGAAUUCUGGACUCAUCGUAAUCAGUCAGAGGAAGUAGCCAUACGGAGCAAAGAACGCUCGGUGGGAAGAUGACGGCAUGGACAAGAGGAGGGCAGGAGAGCGAAGGGUAAGGUGACGAAUGCUUGUCGGAGGGAUGUCUCCUGAAAACAUCAGCACAACAUGACAGCGGCGCAGGACAAGCCUGAGGACAAGAACUUGGCUACACAGCUGUCCAACCAACAUUUGAGCAGAGCCCACAAUGAAAUAUAGAUUUCCAGUGAAAGCCGCGGUCCAGGCUCCACCCAAAACCAGUCAACGUUUCCCUCCCAGAACGAAACGUUGGCUCGAUAAAGGUCCCUUCCGCUAAAGAGACGCCAUGCCAAAAUAUCGCUUGUAGGCUAGCACUUACAGGCUCAAUCAAUUACCAGGAAUCCUAUCGAUGUGCACUAAUUGCCUACGAGGCAUGGAGAGUCAACCGCGAGUUGGCACAAGAGACCUGUCACGCGUCUCCCCCAAAGUCGAGACCCACCGCUCUCGCAUCUCACACUUUGGUAACAGGAAGUCCGGUCAGACAAAAUCUGUGCCAUGAACGCAGCAUUUUGUGACAUGAAUUUCUCGAAAGGUGCGCUCGCAAAGGAAGCCCAGUGAGGCGUCACCGCCCCGUUUGGUUGGCGGUGCAAAGCAACUCUGUCAAACACCAACGUAGAUAGCAGCUACCCACCCUCCUCCCCUCUUGUAAAGUCGGCGAUUGCGUCUGGUAUCUUGUGCAUGUUCUCUUAUUUGACUUCCUUUUGGAUUUGUACUAUUUUAUAAUUGUUUUAUAUUUGAAUGACAGCACCUUAUGAGGAAAUACAGUAGGACGUUGCAAGGUGGUUUAGCGAAGCCCACGGUCACGUGUGGAGGACGGAGAAGAAAACAAUUCAAACAUUUCGGGGAAACUUUGCUUCUGAAGAAGAUCGAUUUGCGUUCAAAGGAUUGGCAAUGAUAACAGUGGGCGUGCCAGCAGCUGGGGCGCGCUCCGAUUGGUCGGUGAAGCCAGUUUGUUCCAAUAUUUUUACCCCAUUAGAAACGUAAAGAAGCUUUCGUUUAUUCACGCCCUUAUUGGUCAGUGCCAAACACACAGGGUUCAUAGAGCUUUGGGUAUUUGUUAUCCUUUUGAUUUGAUUACAACCUGGGAUGGGCAUUUGACUUAGUUCCAAUCAAUAAAUUGUCCAUACGACACGUUGGACUGGUCGCCAGCCAAUCACAGGCCACCGAUAAACAAACAACCAUUCAAUUGUUUACCACAGUGGAACCCGUUUGAGUUCACCCCGUCAAUGUCCGCAGCAAGUUCUGUUCCAACCUCUUCUGAAUAUUGCCCCCCAAAAAACUACCAAGACAAACAUAGUCCACAGAAUUUGGGACACAAAAGGGUAAAUUCGAUGAAAAAUCGGCCUGUUUAUGUUGACAAGUGUUAUAGUUAAGCGUGUAUGUAUCGAAUGGUAUCGGCUUGUGUCUAAAUUAUUAUAUUUUAUUUUAUUUUAUUUAGUUAAGCCCUUUACAAAAAGUAAACAUGGUGGGCUAUGAGGAGCUACUCAACAGCUAAGCACACAAGUUAGACAUGCGUAAUAAGUGCUUUUAAUUUAACUAUUGCAGUCGAAAGCAUGACUUUUGGCAAUAUAAACAAGUAUCAAAUCAUUAAUGUUGUAUAUUACUUACAGAUACAAAGUCUCCAAGGGAAAAAUAAGUAUCGUAGAAAUUAUCCAGUAACAAACAUGUGCGCAUCUCUCAAUUUACAUUAAUUUAAUGAAUUAAUGUGACCCCUUGGUGUCGCCAAAAACAAAUUAAUACUACACUUUAAAAAUCAUACAUUUAGUGUUUUUAUACCCACUAUUGUUUUCUGUUUGACUAAUUUCACCUUGAACAAGACGCUACUAACAUUCCGCACUACAAAUGAUAAAAAGCAUUAACUAUGAUCCGUGCUGAUAUCGUAUCAGAUUAAUAUCUGUAUCGGCCAAUACCCAAGGCUCCGGUGCGAUAUUGUAUCGUAAGUGAAAAAGCAUGGCAGUAUCAACAUGGUUUCUAUACCAGAGCAUGUAUGCCUUUUUAUAAAAAGUACUUUGCAAACGUUUGUUUCCUAGCAUAAUUGAGGGUCGUUCCAUUCGUUAAAACUUGCUAGAAUUUUAUAAUUCAGCAGUUCUCAACACAAACCCCCCAUAAUUUGCUCUGUAGCUAGCGCCACCAGUUUCACAGUAUCGGCCAAUACCCAAGGAUCCGGUGCGAUAUCGUAUCGGAAGUGGAAAAAGUUGCAUCGAGACACCCUGGUGGUAGUAUUGAUGUCAUCAUCAUUGCUACCGUCUUCAUUAAAACUUCUGACUUCCUGCUCAGUGCAAAGUCAGCUUCAGAAUAAAAGCAUGGCAGUAUCAACAUGGUUUCUAUACCAGAGCAUGUAUGCCUUUUUAUAAAAAGUACUUUGCAAACGUUUGUUUCCUAGCAUAAUUGAGGGUCGUUCCAUUCAUUAAAACUUGCUAAAAUUGUAUAAUUCAGCAGUUCUCAACACAAACCCCCCCAUAAUUUGCUCUGUAGCUAGCGCCACCAGUUUCACGGUUCGUCACAAAAUUUGGUGGAACUCAUCAUGUUAGAACUCAUGUUACAAAAUAAAACGGAAUCGGCCAUUUUGGUUUGGAACGGCCAAUUUGGGAGAAAAACCAGGGGUUGAACUUUGACUUUGACCAAAUGAGCCCAAAUUUAAAUCACGGACACUAGACAGAUACUGUAAAACUUCUUACUUCCUGUUCAGUGCAAAGUAAGCUUCGAAAUAAAAGCAUGACCGUGUCAACAUGGUUUCUAUACCAGAGCAACUGGCUAAAUGCGUUUUUUAUAAAAAAAUUAUUUAGAUUUGCGUGUAUACAAAAGACAUGAUCAUAGUUUCUGUCAUGCCGACGAAAGUAUGCCAACUUAAGCGGGUUCCACUGCAUUGCCUUUUGUUAAUCGUCUUUCGAACACGAACAAGUCGAGUGUGAAUCAACAGCCGAGAAGUGUAGUCCAUUCUUACCUUAAUUUCUACAAAGCAAUAUUUAAACAUAUUUCAGCAGUUGAUCAACAACGCCCGUCCCUUUUUCCAACGCAUUAUCAGAAUUUGUCAUCUGUCACACUUUGAACGCGUUCGAAUCCUUACGUUUUGACCCCCAAAAAGCUGUAUGAACCCUGCAAACGUAAGGGCGGCAACUGCAAACUCGAAGGUUUAGACAAUCAAAAGAAGGAGUAUUUCCCGGGAACCGCUUGAGUGGAGAACAGUCAACCAUGUGGAGCAUGGCUGAGUCUGUGUGGUCAGCGAAACGGAAAAGAAGGGAAAAGGUUGCUGAAUACGGGAAAGUUGUUCUUUUUCUGUCUCCAUUUAAAAAAAAAAAAAUUAAAAGUUUACCUGUUGUUUACACUCCCAGACGGACCGCUGCUCCAAGAGCGGAGGGAACCACGCUGCGGAGCAAAAUAAAUAUGUGACAUAUCGGUCUGUUUUCAGUCGCCCGUUUUUUUUAAAGCUUAAAGAAAAAUGGUAAAUGAUGGUAAUCUCAGCCUUUUUUAUUGGUUUUAUCGAUGAGCCCUUACUGAUUAAAAAUGCACUAAAACAAUCACGCCAGCCAACCUUUUUUUAAAUUUAUUUUAUCUGUGUUGACGCCAUACCUGUCAACGCUCCCGUAUUUCGUUCCUACAUUUUUCCCCGUGUUUAAACUCCCAAAAAUAGAAUUUUAUAGGACUCAUAUAAUCAGUUCUUUUAAUUUGACUUUCCUUGUAAUAUUCCCUUUUUUUUUUGUAUUAAAUGACUUUUCUAUUUAAUCAAAAAAAAUCUUAAUACUGCAACUUUUCUUAAGAUAUUUGACUUUUUAAAUGUUUGGGUAGAAUUUUAUUAAACAAAACCAGUUUUCUUUUAAGUAAUUUUGACAUUUAUCAGAGCUGUUUUUCAAUUUUAUGGAGAAAUUUACUUUUUUUGCACCCAAUAUUAUUACAUUAUUUUGAAUGGGGAAUAGAUUCUGAAUCAAAUAGUUCACCCCGAAGAAUCGAAUGAAAAUCAUGUGGUGCCCAAAGACACACAGCCCUAAAAUA